AUGACGGUGACCUUACCUCAAAACGAGAAGGUGGGUCCGUGGGAUCAGGGCCAGCCAGGGCCGACGUGGGUCAACAGUAUUGCAUGGGGCCCGUGGGUGCCAACGUCGAAAGACACGUUCACCUCACUUGUUGCAGCAUUGACAGACAAUGGCGGCGUGUACCUGAUCACCAUGGAGGUAUCCCGCGAUGGAAAGUUAACGCAAGAUCCAAAUAUCGUCACUGCUUCCCCACCUAACCCUCGAAAACCGACGCAAAUCACCUGGUGGCACGCGGAUGAAUGCGCGGAUACCGGCAUGUGUGUUCUUGCAUCAACCAGUGUCGGCAAGAUCACGGUGUACUUUUGCAAUGUCUUGGAGGGAACUAUAUCUGUGGUUGAACACCUGUGGGAGGGCUAUGCACUGGCGACCGACAUGUGCUUCACGCCUGAUGCCAGCCCUCUUCUUCAUGUGAUGACCAGUCUCGGCAAUGCGAUUGUACUCAAGAUCUUGCCUGGUACUCAGUCAGUUGAUGUUUCUCAUUCUCUUACAUCUCGCCUCAAGGCUCACUUGGAGGCGCGUCGGAAAGCAUUCGCCGUGGGGGAUGAUCAGAUCAACGCGGACAUUCGCAUCUGGGGUGCGACAUUGAGUCCUGGUGGAGGGUGUCUAGCCUAUGCAUACGAGAACGUUGCAAGCAAGACCAUCCGGUACGUCACGAACGUGGAGGCAGCAAUGCGUAUAGGCUUCUUCCCCACCCAGGAGGGCGCAGAAUAUAUGGCAGGGAUGAAAGCAUUGGCAUUGAAUGGAUUGAGAUCUGCGGUUAUGAACGUCUAUCGACAGUCGCUGCGGGGUAUGCUGUGGGAUCCAACAAUCAUCUAUGCAUCUAUAUUAAAGACCAACGGAUCGGAUGCGGCAGACGAGUUUCUGGAACAAGCGUGGCAUGCAAUCGAUGCUGCAUCAGCUUUUGACAGCGAUGCUGAUGUCACCGGUCAUGCAAUUGACCAUCAGCUGGCCAUUUCGUUGUUCCAACCAAAGUUCAACGCGAUGCGGCUCGUGUAUGCGUGGUGGCAGGGUCUGCAAGGAUUCAAGAACAUCAAACACCGCGUUUUUGCAUCGGAUCUGUCAAGCGUAAUGGCUGAUCUCGGAGGACAUCUAGCAGUAACAGCAUUGCAUAUCUUCACGACAACGUGCCCAGCAAUGAUUGCUCCACCAGCAGAAGGCAGCCUAUCCUACCAAAUACUAACACUUUACGCCGACUUUAUCAAGCAGGCGCACUCCGACGCUGCAGGCGUCCCUGAACUCGCCGCCAAUGUUUACCAACUUCUCGGAGCGGACCCAUCACCGGAGCAUGGACGGGAAUCGUGUCUGGCAUGUGGCAGUGGGAUAAAGUGGGAAGAUCCGAUGGACGCAAAGUGCGACAACAAUCACACGUGGAGUGAGUUUCAAGCAGUGUGCUGUGCUGAAUGA